CUCCUCCUUGUGCUGCAACUGUAGAGCUGACGAAGAGCCCAAACACCACAGAGCAGCAGCGAGUCAGUCUGACAGCGAGCACUGAGGAGGACACGGGAUUCUCCGGAGAAUAGAAGAGACCAAGAGGGACCACAAGGAUAAAGUCACACCGACCUGGGAUUCUGCCUCUCUAGGAUUUAUUCAGAUGUUUGUGAGUAAAGACUGAACAGGUUUUCUGCCCUUGCUUCCAGACUCUGGGGGAACACUCUUCUUCACUGAACUGCAGCAAUAUGGAACCUUUAAGUUUCAAACCAUUGAGACCAGUUCCGGCUUUAGUAAUGCAUAUGAGUGUGUUGUGAAUUGAUAGAACAUUUUAUGUCAGAGUUGUAAAAAUGGUUGAACCAGUGGGGUUUGUGGAGGCAUGGAGAGCCCAGUUCCCAGAGUCUGAUCCCCCCUGCAUGGAGCUGAACUCAAUGGGGGACAUUGAACAGGAGCUGGACACAUGUAAGACAUCCAUCAGGCAGCUGGAGAAGGAGGUGAACAAGGAGCGCUUUCGCAUGAUCUACCUGCAGACUCUGCUUGCAAAAGAGAGGAAGUCUUAUGAUGGACAGAGAUGGGGUUUUAAAAGGGUUCCACUGACAAGAGAUGGAGACCAGACCAGUGAACCGGACAGCCAGAGGUCCUAUGCAGGUGAUGCACCAGUGGAAGAGCAGCAGCAGCAGCAGCAGAGAGGUUACGUGAAGCCAGCAAGGUGCAAACAGCAUCCAGAAGAAGAGAUGGAUGUUGCAUCACCAGCCAAACAGAAGGGUGGGGUCUCACCUGGCUGCCAGGACUCUGAGAACCCUGACCUCCCAGUGGGCACAGGCUCUGUGGCAGCUCUGAGAUCCAACUUUGAGCGCAUCAGGAGAGCCAACUCUCACACUGCAGGGGACGGCAAAGGGUUGUCUACGAUGGGCGGCCAGGAGAAACCCUUCUACGUGAACAUGGAGUACCAUCACGAGCGAGGGCUGGUCAAAGUCAACGACAAGGAUGUCUCCGACAAAAUAGGCACCCUGGGCUGUCAGGCCAUGCAGAUUGAGCGAAAAAGGUCCCUGCAUUCGCUCCCAGGGAACCUGUCAGCGGCCACAGGGGACAUCGGUAAGGUUGUUCAGAGAGGAAGAUCCACUGAGGAGAACUCCAGCUACAACGGGUCAUUUGAAGAUUCUGAGAUCAACCCUCCCUUCCUGAAAGACAGUGUUAUCCAUCCCACUGGGGGAAAGUCUGAGCGACAGCCAGCUGAGUGUCAGCCUUACACUAGUGUCUAUGUUGGGGGAAUGAUGGCUGAAGGGGACACCAGGGUCAUCCACAUCAGGGACCACAGCAUAGAGGAGGAGGCGCACCUCACCUGGCCGAGGCGCUCAUACUCUCCCGGCAGCUUCGAAGAUGUGGGAGGAGGCUACACCCCCGACUGCAGCUCCAACGAGAACCUGACCUCCAGCGAGGAGGACUUCUCCUCCGGCCAGUCCAGCCAUGUGUCCCCCAGCCCCACCACCUAUCAGAUGUACAGGGAGAAGAGCCGCUCCCCGUCCCAGCACUCGCAGCAGUCCUUUGAGAGCAGCAGCCCACCCACCCCUCUCUCUCAGAAGCGUCUGAAGCAGCAGGUGAUGGUUUCUGAGGCCUCCAUCAUCGGGGCCCGUAAAACAGGCCUGAUCUGGCCCAGUGACGGGGACUCCACCACAUCGAGCAGGACCUCUCAUGACAACAGUGUUCAAGGAGAUCUGGAGGCUCCCUACAACGAGACGCCUCUGUCGUACGGAUAUGACCUGGAGCACUCGGAGGAGCACCAGCCUCGCCACGACCCUCUGUCCUACACUGGAUCUCCUUCCUCCUCACCACGGCUGCGCUCAAAAAGCCGGAGUAGCCGAGACACGCAGUCCUCGGGCUCUCUGGAAUCCACGCUGUCGGUGGAGUUGGAUCAAGAGAAGGGGCUGGAGAUGAGAAAGUGGGUUUUGUCAGGAAUCCUGGCCAGUGAGGAGACCUACCUCAGCCACCUGGAGGCGCUACUGAUACCCAUGAAGCCUCUGAAGGCGGCAGCCACGACUUCCCAACCGAUGCUGACCGUCCAGCAGAUAGAAACCAUCUUCUUCAAAGUACCAGAGCUUCAUGAGAUCCACAAGGACUUCUAUGAUGCUCUGCUCCCCCGAGUGCAGGACUGGAGCAACCAGCAGUGUGUGGGCGACCUCUUCCAGAAACUGGCCAGCCAGCUCGGAGUGUACCGGGCCUUUGUGGAUAACUAUAAGGUUGCUGUGGAGACGGCCGACAAGUGCUGCCAGGCAAACACUCAGUUUGCAGAGAUAUCUGAGAAUCUCAAGGUCAAAAGCACAAAGGACUGCAAAGACCAGCCAGCUAAAAAUUCACUGGAAACUCUUCUCUACAAACCUGUGGACAGAGUGAUGCGCAGCACACUUGUUCUGCAUGACCUCCUGAAGCACACGCCCUCCAGCCACCCGGACUAUCCACUGCUACUGGACGCCCUGCGCAUCUCCCAGAAUUUCCUGUCCAGUAUUAAUGAAGAGAUCACACCGCGAAGGCAGUCCAUGACUGUUAAGAAGGGAGAGAACCGUCAGCUGCUGAGGGAUCGCUUCAUGGUGGAGCUGGUGGAAGGUUCCAGGAAACUCCGUCACGUCUUCCUCUUCACCGACCUGCUGCUCUGCACCAAGCUGAAGAAACAGGCGGCAGGGAAAGGUCAACAGUAUGACUGUAAGUGGUACAUCCCACUGAAUGACCUGACCUUCCAGACCCUCGAGGACUGUGAGUCCACCCCCAUCCCUUUGGUCCAGGACGAGGAGAUUGACGCGAUGAAGAUUAGAAUCUCCCAGAUCAAGAAUGAGAUCCAAAGAGAAAAGAGAACCACCAAGGGGCCCAAAGCCAUCGAGCGCUUCAGGAAGAAGUUAUCAGAGCAAGAGUCUCUGCUGCUGCUCAUGUCUCCCAACAUGGCGUUCAGAGUGGCCAACAGGAACGGAAAGGGUUUCACAUUUCUGAUCUCAUCUGAUUACGAGCGGGCUGAAUGGAGGGAGAUUGUCCGUGAGCAGCAGAAGAAAUGUUUUAAAAGCUUCUCUCUGACGUCUCUGGAGCUGCAGAUGCUCACCAACUCGUGUGUGAAGCUCCAGACUGUUCACACCAUUCCAAUGACUGUGAAUAAAGAAGACGACGAGUCUUCUGGUUUAUACGGCUUCUUGAAUGUCAUCGUCCACUCUGCAUCAGGCCUCAAACAGAGCUUAAACCUCUACUGCUCCCUGGAGGUGGAUUCUUUUGGCUACUUUGUCAACAAAGCCAAAACCCGAGUGCACAGAGACUCGACAGAGCCCAACUGGAACGAGGAGUUUGAGAUCGAACUGGAGGGCUCUCAGACUCUGAGACUGCUCUGUUACGAGAAGUGCUGCAACAAGACCAGGCUGAGCAAAGAAGAAGCAGAGAUCACAGACAAGAUCAUGGUCAAAGGACAGAUAAAGCUGGAUCCUCAGACACUGCAAAAUAAAGACUGGCAGAGGACAGUCAUCGCCAUGAAUGGGAUGGAGGUGAAGCUUUCGAUGAAGUUCGCCAGCAGAGAGUUCAGUUUGAAGAGGAUGCCUUCACGGAAACAAUCGGGUGUCUUUGGAGUAAAGAUCAACGUAGUAACUAAGCGAGAGCGCUCUAAGGUUCCCCUCAUUGUGAGACAGUGUGUAGAGGAGAUUGAGCGACGAGGGAUGGACGAGGUGGGAAUCUACCGAGUGUCCGGCGUCGCCACCGACAUCCAGGCGCUAAAGGCUGCAUUUGAUUCAAACAACAGAGACGUGUCGGUCAUGAUGAGGGAGAUGGACGUAAACGCCAUCGCUGGAACACUGAAGCUGUAUUUCCGAGAGCUGCCCGAGCCUCUAUUCACAGAUGAGCUGUAUCCCAACUUCGCCGGAGGCAUCGCUCUGUCUGACAGUGUGGCCAAGGAGAGCUGCAUGCUCAACCUGCUGCUGUCUCUCCCAGAGACCAAUCUGGUCACAUUCCUCUUCCUGCUCGAUCACCUGAAAAGGGUGACUGACAACGAAAUCAUCAACAAGAUGUCUUUGCACAACCUGGCCACAGUUUUUGGUCCCACUUUGCUUCGGCCCUCCGAAAAAGACAGCAAGAUCUCACUCAGCUCACAACCCAUCUCCAUGAACGACAGCUGGUCUCUGGAGGUCAUGGCUCAGGUUCAAGUCCUACUCUACUUCCUGCAGCUGGAGGGCAUUCCAACACCAGACAGCAAACGUCAAAGCCUUCUAUUCUCUACUGAAGUAUAACAGCACCUUCAUGCACUUGUCUGUGAACAUCCUGCUCAGAGGAUAAAAAGUCAGCUGCUUUUUUGAACUGGAUGCUGCCGAGCAGCAGGGCUGGAUGCUUCACUGAGAAGAAUGCUUAAUUUAGCCACCAGGGGGAGCCAGCGACACAUUAUUGACUGGAAACAGCCACUCCCACUAAAGUCAUGUCUUCUGGAGAUGCAGUGAGCAUGUCCACUCACAAACUUACCUGCUGCCUCAGUAAAAGACAUCCCUUAAUGAUGUAUGGACAAUAUAUAAAUAUAUCAUUAUUUUUUAAUUUAAUUUAAAUUCCAAAAAGCAUUAGAUGCUUUACUUUAUACUUCCCCAGCGUUCUGUUACGUUCCAGUUAGCUCCAUGUUCACAGAGGGUUUUUCUGCUGUUGUUGGAUUUGUUCAGAUAUAUUUCUGUGGAUGUGUGAUGGAUGAAUGGACACAUAUUUGUCAUGUCUAUCUAUCUUUAUUUUUUCCCCAGAAAUGUCUCACUUGGUUAAAAGCUCACCUGUGCCAAUGUUUCCCUGCUGAGGACAAAUCGAACAUUUCAGUUGCCCCGAUGUUUACACUCUUUUAAUUUUGUACAGAUUUUAAUAAUAUGAGACUGAAAACUAGUUAUUCCACAGCAACAUGCAGGCAUGUUGACCAAACCAUUUGAACGUUUUUUCCCCCUUUGCUAUAGAUAUUUGUAUAGUGUCCUUAUUCUGUUUGCAGGCUCUUCUGGUGGUGUCGGAGCCUGUUAUUUCUUUUAAUGUUAGUUAUGAGUGUUUUUUUUGAAGGUGGUACAGAGAAGUGAAAGGCUAAUAAUUCCAGGAAAAGGCAAGGUUUAGUCCUUUCACCCAUGGAAUGUAUACUGUGCUGUGCAUAAUUUUCACUUUGCAUUUGUCUUUUGUCCAAAUUUCAUCUGCUUUGUGUGCACAACAUUUUUAGUCUCAAGUUAGUUUGAUUUAUUCAGCUCCAGUUACUUUAUGUGUGUCGCUUUCUGUGUUCAUUGUAUGUUAUCCACUACCUUAAUGGGACACGCUGCUGUAGAGUGGAGAGCACCUGGAGACUGAAAUACCAAUCGUUCCCUGUAGUAGGAGCCGUGAAGCACAGUGGUUCACUCAUAUCCAAAUCCUCCUGAGUUUCUAACCGGUUUAUCAUCCACAUACAUAGCCUACAGUUGUAUUAUUUUCAAUCCUCUGUGGAAAUGUGCUGUAUGAUCACAAGUUAUACUCUUGAUAGCACAAACUAUAACCUUCAAUGCUUGUGAUUCAUGUAAAAUAAGCAAUAAGUCUUAGUGAUCCAUAGAGUGAGCAAUGGCCAGGGUGUCAUGUAUGUAUGUAUGUAUGAUUUAUGUAAAUAAAAACUUGAUAACAUCA